UUUCAGGUGCAAAAGAAACGGCGAAUCGUCGCGAGGGUUCACUGUCGCAACAUCAAAAACGAAUGUCCAGAGCUGACGUGUAAAGAGCCAGUUCUUCUUCCAGGCCGGUGCUGCAAAUCUUGCUCGAGUGAUUUCAGUAGCGACAUAGUGCAGGAUUUGCCGGCGCAAUUGUCAUCGGAAGAAGAGGAACGAAGCCUAAAACAUUUUGGGACGCUUCUAACCGGCAGAACGUCUCAGGUACUGCGCCGCGAUGAACCAAGUCCGACCUCGAUGUACAACAGUGCCUACAACUAUCUGGCCACUGGCCGUUUCACGUUUCACCGGAAAAAUCUCUACUAUUCAUUUUAUUUGUCAACGUCCACACCUCGUCCGAGGGGCAUACAGUUUAUCGACGGGUCAGGAAGCAUUCUAGAGGAACAGGCGAUCGAUCCGAUCGGCGGAGUGUAUCAAAAUGCAACGGGGAAGCUGUGCGGCGUGUGGAGAAGGGUUCCCCGCGAUUAUCGGAAACUGUUGCGCGAGGAGCGUUUGCACGUCUCCUUUAUAUGGGAACCAUCGGCCACCUUGACUGGACAGUUGUCCCGUUAUCGUACUUUAUCCACGGAGCAGUACACCUCUUUGUUGGAGCCGACAAUGGGCGUGGAUCGUUCGUUGAUGUCCGGUGCAGGAGCCACCGCCAUAGUUUCAGCCUCCUCGGCGUCAGCGCCAUCUAUCCACGUGUCUUUGGUGUUCAACGGCGUUUUCCUACCUAACGAUGUCUCUGAAGUGCCGCUGAUAGUCCAGUUGGAGCAUGUGGAGAAGGACUACGUGGUCCUGCGAGAGGAGAUCGUGGUGAAGAAGCCCUCGAACGAGUUAAACUUCGGGGAGGUCCGCAGUGCCUUGUCCGGAGCGGAUCUCCGUUUGUUGACGCGAGGGAAACUCUCGAUCAGCAUAAUGUCGAGAAAGGACCCUCAGGCGCUUCGAUUAGCCGGAAUAGUGGGCCCGCGUGCAAACUGCGAGAUGUAUCAGACUCUGCUACUUUCAGAGACACCAUCGGCAGCCUCUGGCCUAGCUUGGGCGUUCUUGGAUCGUGCCGGUUCACUGCGUUACGGUGUUCAACUGAUAGGUCUGGAGGAAGAGAGUCCUUUAGUGACCUUGGUGGACGAAGGUGGGAAACGUCGUACCGAGUUGGAAGAUCUGACACCUUCUCUUUUCGAAGGCCUAGCUAAUGGCUCGUUGGAGCGUCCAGGGCCACGUUUCCUCGAACCUCUGUUCAACGGAGAGCUUGCGGUUGUUGCUGCCUCGCACGUUGGAUCCAUGUUGCGCGGCCGGCUGUUACAAAGACCCGUGGCUGACGCCAGAGACACUGCUGCGCCUAUUUUGCUCAGAAGGCUGUCCCAGGAACCUGUACACCCUGGUCCAGUUGGUCUAGUCUGGACAGCCAUUGAUCUAGACUGUUCGUUGCAUUACGAGCUUGAAAUUGCUGGAUUCCCUCAGACGUCUUCCACGAACAGCCACGAACCACGCACCUUUCGACUUUAUCUGGAAACGAUGCCCCUAGUGGUUCAAGGAGCACCUGUUGCUAGAAGAUUACUGGAAGAGUUCACUGGGUACAUUUUGGAAGGUUCCGUCACCGGUCUAUCACCGGUGGAACUGUACAGAAUUGAAUCUGGCAUUGGUUUCCUCGAGGUGACCGACAAACAGGCCGAAAGGAUUUUGAAAGCUCCGUUCAAGGCCAGGGCGCCGCUCAACUGUCUUCCUCAUUACGCGGAUAACGACGUUGCCUCGGUUGUCGCCUACAAUCUUCAGCCACCCAAGUCGGACAUUGAAACCGGCGCGUGUUUCCACGAGACAAGAUUCUACGAAGAGGGAACUCAAUGGACGUCCAGCACAGAUCCGUGCUACAUGUGUCACUGUUACCGUGGACUGUCACAGUGCGAUCCAGUACCCUGUCCAGUUCUCACCUGCGCCGAGGGCAAGCAAUUGAAGCCUCCUCCUGGUCACUGUUGUCCUCUUUGUUCGACUCCAGGAAUUAACAUGAACGCAACUGGAAAGAAUAUCAGCACAGUGACAAGAAGUUGCACGCUGGCUGGCCAGUUUCAUUUACCGGGAGCAUCGUGGCAUCCAUAUUUGCCCCCAAUGGGAUUUGAUACUUGUACAAUUUGCACGUGCGACCAUGUCACGCUGGAGGUGAAAUGCCCGCGGGUACAGUGCCCGCCGUUGGACUGCGACGAGAAAUUCGCCUUUAGACCCAGUAAGAAGGCAUGCUGCAAACAAUGUCCGGCGACGACGCCUAGCCCGACGAUCGCUGGCGAUACGACGCGUUUGCCGCGGGAUCAGGCGGCGUUAUCCAUCAAACGCACCACCGAGGAAAUACUGGCUUCCGGCGGUUGCAAGUACCCCCUCGGUGGUCCGUACGAGAACGGUAUGGAAUGGCAUCCACGAAUUCACUCGCACGGGGAAAUUAAGUGCGUCAAGUGCAGAUGCAAGAACGGCGAGGUCAGGUGCGACAGGAAACGAUGUCCACGGGCGCUGUGCAACACAAUUGCCCACCAAAUGAAACGUGGUGAAUACGUGGUGAACAGCGACGACUGUUGCACGGUCCAGUGUCGUCGGGCGAGGCGUCAUCAUCGGAACAAUCAUCAUCAUUCGGCUCGGCAUUCCGUGACGCCGCGCGAACUUAGCUGAGUAGUUGCUGUUGCCGAGCUUCCUUUCGGACAAUACGGUCCACGGUAACGUUUCUGGACCUUGUUCCCCUCCGCCAUGCCGUAGUCGUCGUUAUCAUCGACUACAUAUUCGACUGUUUCAAAGCGACUCCAAAGCAACCAGGAAGCUGCGAGAAUGUAACGGGAGUGAAUUCCGAUAUUAAUAGAGAGACACGUGUGUACGUUCGAAUGACGAAACACGCCAUCAAGGGAAUUCAGACAGAUGGUUUCUGCAUUCUGCCAGAGCAGAAAUAUCGUUUGAAAUAUCGAUAAGCCGUAAACGAAAAUGAUGUAGAAUGAAAAAUGUGGACGGAAUUGUUAUUAGGCGAGCGAGACCCGACUAUUCAAUUUACGAGAUUAAACGAGGCGCCAUCUAGGUGAAACAAAAGGAGCACAGAGAUACUUCUUAUGAUUAUGAUUUUCCAGACUUUAUCAUUGAAUAAUCAUCCUGAAGAAGUGUUUCGAGAGAGAAUGCUUGACGCGAUAAUCAGCAAUAAUCGAAAAAAGAAGAAGAAUCUCUGAGGAAACGAUUGGUGCUGUGUUUCGUGUCUGAGAACGAUAAAUAGCAGCCGGAAGUUAGUGAUCAGUAACACAGAAAGAUUCGCUGGUUGGAUGAUCGGUAGUCAUCGCAGGAAGCCGUAAUAACGGCGAGUAUGGCAAGAGAGGAAGGAACAUGGAUCGUGAUUCUCAUCAGACACUAUUCUUACAUUCUCGUCGCUUGCCUGGUGAUUCGCUAUGGAGUCCCUUGCAGCACCCACAACCAGACAUUUAUUAAUCAAUUGGCUCUCAUCAACGGAUCAACGGACCGGAAGCCAACUUCUCUCCAUCGUCGAGCGAUACAUACAUAUACAAUGUAUGCAUCUACAUUCGUAUAUAUAUGUACAUAUGUGUAUGUAUAUUACAUAGUGGAAGACAGAAAUUAGAAGAAGCGAAACAGAGAGACAAAAUGAACCGGGAGAGAUCAUUAUUUAUUUAUUUAUUUAUUUUUUUUUUUUUUUGGAUUUUAAUUUCGAGUUUCAUCUCUUUUCCAUCCUGUCUAUCAUAAAUUCCUUGCCAUUUAGUUUCCCUGUUAAUUCUAACGUUCUUUCAAAGUGAAUAACACUUUGAUUUGAUAUGAUCUUUUCCUCCGACUUCUUAAUACUGUAUUUUCAAUUUUUUUUUUUUAUGAUACCUCCGUUCUCUAACUCUAACUCUUUAAUGUCUAAUUCACCAAAUUGACAUGCUUAAUCGUUGAUUCACGUUCUUUUUUUGCACUUUUGAGCUUAGGAUGUCCUUUCUCUAAUGUUUUAGGCUUUGUCUCACAUCUAACCUGAUCCGACCUUUGGCAGGAUGCUCGUUAUUACCGGCUUUGCUGCUGCUUUGACUCCUCGAGAGAGUUAUUCUUAUUAUUAUUUUUAUAAUCAAGCAUUCGACAAGUCCUCGCUUCGCUACCUAGGUUCGAUUUUUUUUUUCCUUUUUCUCUCCUUUUUUUUUUCUAAACGGAAGUUGACUUCUGGGGAAAGUUGAAAGUCGUGGCAGUAAAUACAGAGCCCCUACCCACCAACCUCACCAAGUUACCCAACAACCAAAGAAGACUGAAGAACCUCCGAUGGUGGCAUCAGUUGUCAUUUUAGCGCGGAAACAACGCUAAAGUUUAUAUCUCACACUCUAAUAACUCCAUUAAACUUAUUACUACUUUAAUAUUAUUAUUAAUAUUAACAUCUAUAUUAACGUCAUUAAUAUUAUGGAUCAUUAUUCAUCUUCAUCAAUUUCGUGUUCACUAUUGUGUCGUCAUUCAUCUUCAUCGUGUUUCGAAUUCAUUAUGUUCAUCGUCAUUGAAAAUUUGUCUUUGUUACAACUUUCAUCAUUAUCAUUGUCAUCAUCAUUAUUAUAAUUAUUAUUAUUAUUAUUAUUAUUAUUAUCAUCACCAUCAUCAUCGUUAUUACUAUUAUUAAUGUUUCUAUUAAUAUUUUUCAUAGUAUAAAUAAUUUCUCUAUUAUUUUAUGAAAUAUUUACCUCUAUUAUUAAUACUACAUUCACUAAUCGCGAUUGUUAUUGUUAAAUAUUAAUCGAAUGCGUUAACUUAAUCGAAGCGGCCUGUAAUCUCAUCAAAACGGCUUUUCUUUUUGUAACUUAUAAGCGUAUUUAUUGUUAUUCGGUAGCGAGAGAGAGAGAGAGAGAGAGAGAGAGAGAGAGAGAGAGAGAGAGAGAGAGAGAGAGAGAGAGAGAGAGAGAAAGUGAACUCCAUAUUAUCGUUAACACGAGAUCUAAAUAGUAAAUCUCGAUGCAAAUUCUUUGUCUGUGAUACAGAGAAUUUCGAAAAUCGAAGUUUGAUAAGAAUGUACUUUUAGAUACGGAUAAAACUGAGCGUAAUCGUCAUCUUUAAGCAUGCGGGUGUGCGUGUGCGUGUGUGUUGUCGAAUGAGUGUGCAGGCGUGCGUCAAUUUUUUAUGGACAUGUGUCAACCGACGAAAGUGAUUAUAUAAAAGAUAGAGCAUUGGCGAACGAAUAGAAAAUGAUAAUAAGAGAAAUAGAGGGAGGAACGAGUAUUUACAAAAACUUUACAACAAUGUACAGUUCUCGCUAGUUCGAUUCAAUUUUGCCCGACAGAAGGAACUUAUUUAUAUUACGCAAGGAUAUGAAACAAAAUGUGAAGAAAAGAAAAGAAAAGAAAAGAAAAGAAAACACGUUUACAAUCAGUCUUGUAACAUUUCGUUUUGUUUCGCAAUGGUUCAUCGUUCGGGCGAAGGUUUCUCGUUGAGAAAUUUCACGAAGUAUAAAGAGUUCCGACGUCAAGCGGUUUAAAUCUA